UUAUAUUUACCAUGAUUUUUUACAUUAUUAUGUUUGCCACAUUAUAUUUAACAUCAACAAAAUGGACAGUACUUGGAUCAAGAGUGUUAGAUACGGACCGCAUAAGCGAUGAACCUCUGAAAACAGUAACAACCAUUAGUCUUCAAAACGAAAGCAAGUCAUUCGCUACUUCAAGUUUUCCAUCAACAACUAGUAAGCAGUCUACUGAUAGCGAAGCCGUCAUCAAAAUGGAUAAAGUCGUACAAACCUCUAACACGUGGAUUGGAACUCAAGAAGUAACUGUUUCUCAGGCUACGUCAACUACUUCAUCGCAGGAAUCGGCUAAAACUUGGGAUGUUAUCAAAAAGAUCACCGUCGAACCGAAUUCAUUGCUUUCAGUAGCAACAGAUAAAAUAGAUUUGAAACAAUUUGUUCUUUCUGCGGAUUCGCGUUGUGAAAGCCAUGAGCAAUGUGUACGACAAAUGCAGAUUGCCUUUCAAGAAUAUUGUGAUAAAAUUGGAGACAAAAUUUGUGGGAGCUACCGACUGCGGGAUUUUGAUGAAUGCUCUUUUUCAAACGACGUUUCUGUAAAUAAUUGUUCUGCGAAUGCAACAUGUACUAACACCUACGGUUCUUACACAUGUCAAUGUUAUAAGGGAUACGAUGAUUUAAAUAUCAAUGAUCCUGGACGUAACUGCAGUCAACGUUGUUUCUACUUCGACAAUAAAUGCUUCACCCUUUUUGAAAGUACCGAAGUAGAUUACAAAACAUCACAACUUGAAUGUAAGGAGAUUGGUGGUCACCUUGCCAAUUUAUACAAUGAAAAACAUUGGACAGAUUUUUUGAAGUAUGUCCGUAGUUAUAAUAUGGGUUCGAAAACGACGGUUACGAACUUAUUCCUGGGAAUGACAUAUGAUCCAAAAACAAAUGAAGUUUUCUAUUACAACGGGACGAAAGCAUCAUCCUCCAUCACUUCCAAUUCAAAUUUAUGGCAUUCGGGAUACCCAAAACGGGAUGCUGGAUACACAAUACUUCUUUUCACGUUAAGUAGUGGUGACAGUUCAUCAGAGCAAUAUUUUACAAACGCGCGCCCAGACUUCAUGGCGAAAUAUCUCUGCGAGUUGAACGUUCAUUAGAAAGACAAAUUGUCAUGAAUUCACAUAUCAAUGUGAUGUGUUCAAUUGUCAUGUAAUCUAGAAGAGGACGCAUAUGUUUAUGAUUUUAAAACAAAUAGUAUUUGGUUGAAUGUGUGGUAUAUUGUGAUCCAAUAUUAAUGUCUUUUUAAUUUUAUUCUGAAACGUUAAAAACUAAAUUGUUUUAUUAUUUUUGGGUCAUAGCACAAAAAUUUAUUUGAUAAAACGUAUGCUAUACGCUUUGAAUAAAUUUUGUGCCAAAUUUUCCUUGGUUUUAAAUACUACUCACGUUUUACAUAUAUUACUAAACGAUAAAAUACAGUUUAAUCAAUAUACAAUGGUAGCAGAAUGAAAAUGCAGGUUCCAUGGGUAU